UGCGUGUGUGUGUGGUGCUUCUUUUUUAAAACAUUUUGCAAGUUUACCAAGCACUUUUUUUUUUUUAAAAAAAGUAUUUUUUUGAAAAAAAAAUUAUUGGUGAAGCCGAUGUCUAUUCAGCUGUUGCUGAAAUCCUUUUUGGGCGGCGGGUAUUGAGAUUCAGGUUUCCCUCAUCUUCAAAUUCAAAUUCAGUCCUUAAUUCGUAAAUAACUCCCGAUCCAUGCCCAUCUUCCUAUUCCCUUUCAAAUCAAAAUCAAAACCCUCCGCCCUUAUCUACACACACUUAUGCUACACAACUUCUCUCUCUCUUUGGUAGGGUUUUAACUUGAAUUCAUCGAAGAUGUCGUUGAGGCCGAACGCCAGAACCGAGGUUCGCCGGAACAGGUACAAAGUUGCGGUGGAUGCCGAUGAAGGUCGCCGGAGAAGAGAGGAUAAUAUGGUUGAGAUUCGUAAGAAUAAGAGAGAGGAGAACUUGCAGAAGAAACGACGUGAAGGCCUUCAACCUAAUCAGCAAUUUACUGUUCCUGUUCAGACCACCGUCGAAAAGAAGCUGGAGAAUUUACCAGCAAUGGUUGCUGGUGUUUGGACGGAAGACGGCAAUCUACAGCUUGAAGCUACCACUCAGUUUCGGAAGCUGCUUUCGAUAGAAAGGAGUCCCCCAAUUGAGGAAGUAAUUCAAGCAGGUGUUGUUCCUCGGUUUGUUCAAUUUCUUAUGACGGAUGACUUUCCACAACUUCAGUUUGAGGCAGCAUGGGCUCUCACAAAUAUUGCUUCAGGGACAUCUGACCAUACCAAGGUGGUGAUUGAAUCUGGUGCAGUCCCAAUUUUUGUGAAACUUCUUGGUUCUCCAAGUGAUGAUGUGCGAGAGCAGGCUGUGUGGGCUCUUGGAAAUGUUGCUGGUGAUUCCCCAAAAUGCCGCGAUCUUGUCCUUAGCUGUGGAGCUUUGGUUCCCUUGCUGGCUCAACUGAGUCCAAAUGCCAAGCUCUCUAUGUUGAGAAAUGCAACUUGGACACUUUCAAAUUUCUGCAGAGGCAAACCGCAGCCUGCUUUUGAUCAGACAAGGCCUGCACUUCCAGCUCUUCAACAACUUAUUCAUUCAACCGAUGAAGAAGUUUUGACUGAUGCUUGCUGGGCACUUUCAUAUCUCUCUGAUGGAACAAAUGAUAAAAUUCAAUCUGUUAUUGAUUCUGGAGUAUGCCCGCGUUUAGUUGAGUUAUUACUUCACCCAUCUCCAUCGGUUUUGAUUCCCGCUCUUCGGACUGUGGGAAAUAUUGUGACUGGAGAUGAUAUGCAAACUCAGUGUAUCAUCGGCCAUCAGGCUUUGCCCUGUCUUUUGAACUUGUUGAAUGGUAAUCACAAGAAGAGUAUUAAGAAGGAAGCUUGCUGGACAAUUUCAAACAUCACAGCUGGCAACCGGGACCAAAUUCAGUCUGUGGUUGAGGCUGAUAUUAUAGGUCCCCUUGUUAAUUUGCUACAAAAUGCGGAGUUUGAAAUAAAAAAGGAGGCUGCAUGGGCAAUCUCAAAUGCCACAUCUGGUGGUUCGCAUGAGCAGAUCAAGUACCUUGUUAGUCAAGGUUGUAUCAAACCAUUGUGUGAUCUCCUCAUUUGUCCUGACCCAAGGAUCGUCACAGUUUGUCUUGAAGGGCUUGAAAAUAUUUUGAAGGUUGGGGAAGCUGAGAAGAAUUUGGGCCACACGGCAGAUGUAAAUCAUUAUGCGCAGCUGAUUGAUGAUGCUGAAGGUUUAGAAAAAAUUGAAAAUCUUCAAAGCCAUGACAAUCAAGAGAUUUAUGAAAAGGCAGUUAAGAUUCUUGAGACCUACUGGUUGGAAGAAGAUGACGAGACGAUGCCACCUGGGGAUGCACCCCAACAGGGUUUUCAGUUUGGAGGCGGCGAGGUCUCUGUGCCCUCUGGGGGUUUCAGUUUCAACUGAAGAUUCGCUUGGUGAUGCAGUUUUAUGUAAGGAAAGCUGGCUCCAUUUGUUCCCAAUUUAAGAGUUGUAAAAGUUGCAAUGUUGACUUUUUUUGGAUGGUGGGAAGUAAUGCCAGUGAGAAGCGUACUUCGUCUUUUCACUUGUUGCAGUUGGCCGGAAUUGUGAAUUUGCUUGGGAGAUUUUAGUUCUAUUUUAUUCCUGUCCGUUUUCCCCCUUUGUUUUAGCUGGUUGUAGUUUGUUAUUGUUUCUUUUCUAAAUCUUCUGCUGAGAAUUUUGACAUUCCCAAGAACCUCUUUUUUGCCCAGCUUAAAAUGAUGACUAAAGCAACUCACCUGUUCUUGUGCUGAAA